GCCAUGGGGCUGCUGUCCCAAGGCUCGCCGCUGAGCUGGGAGGAGACCAAGCGCUAUGCCGACCACGUGCGGCGGCACGGGAUUCUCCAGUUCCUGAACAUCUAUCAUGCCGUCAAGGACCGGCAUAAGGACGUGCUCAAGUGGGGCGACGAGGUGGAAUACAUGUUGGUGUCUUUUGAUCAUGAACAUGAAAAAGUCCAAUUGAUCCUGUUUGGAGAGGAACUUCUUGAAACUCUACAAGAAAAGGGGGAAAGGACAAACCCAAACCACCCUACGCUUUGGAGACCUGAGUAUGGGAGUUACAUGAUUGAAGGGACACCCGGACAGCCGUAUGGAGGGACCAUGUCCGAGUUCAACACAGUUGAAGACAACAUGAGAAAACGCCGGAAGGAGGCGACUUCUUUAUUAAAAGAAAAUCAAGCUCUUUGCACAAUAACUUCAUUUCCCAGAUUAGGCUGCCCGGGGUUCACGCUGCCUGAGUUCAAACCCAAUCGGGUCGAAGGUGGAGCCUCUAAGUCGCUCUUCUUUCCUGAUGAAGCAAUAAACAAGCACCCCCGCUUCAGCACCCUGACAAGAAAUAUCCGACACAGGAGGGGAGAAAAGGUUGUCAUCAACGUUCCAAUAUUUAAGGAUAAGAACACACCAUCUCCAUUUAUAGAAACAUUUCCUGAGGAUGAUGAGGCAGCAAAGGCCUCAAAGCCAGAUCAUAUCUACAUGGAUGCCAUGGGAUUCGGGAUGGGCAAUUGCUGUCUUCAGGUAACCUUCCAGGCUUGCAGCAUAUCUGAGGCUAGAUACCUAUAUGAUCAGUUGGCCACUAUCUGCCCAAUUGUUAUGGCUUUGAGUGCUGCGUCUCCUUUUUACCGAGGCUAUGUGUCAGACAUUGAUUGUCGCUGGGGAGUGAUUUCUGCAUCUGUAGAUGAUAGAACUCGGGAGGAAAGAGGCCUGGAGCCACUGAAGAACAAUAACUAUCGGAUUAGUAAAUCCCGAUAUGACUCAAUAGACAGUUAUUUAUCUGAGUGUGGCGAGAAAUACAAUGACAUUGACUUGACAAUAGAUAAAGAAAUCUACAAACAGCUGUUACAGGAAGGCAUUGAUCAUCUCCUGGCCCAGCACGUCGCUCAUCUCUUUAUUAGAGACCCACUGACUCUGUUUGAGGAGAAAAUACACCUGGAUGAUGCCAAUGAGUCUGACCAUUUUGAGAAUAUUCAGUCCACAAAUUGGCAGACAAUGAGAUUUAAGCCUCCUCCUCCGAACUCAGAUAUUGGAUGGAGAGUAGAAUUCCGGCCCAUGGAGGUUCAGUUAACAGACUUCGAGAACUCUGCGUAUGUGGUGUUUGUGGUGCUGCUCACCAGAGUGAUACUUUCGUACAAACUGGAUUUUCUCAUUCCACUGUCAAAGGUUGACGAAAACAUGAAAGUAGCGCAGAGACGAGAUGCUGUUCGGCAGGGAAUGUUCUAUUUCAGGAAAGAUAUUUGCAAAGGCGGCAACGCUGUGGUGGAUGGCUGUGGCAGGGCCCAGAACAGCCCGGAGCUGGCCACAGAGGAGUACACCCUGAUGAGCAUCGACACCAUCAUCAACGGGAAGGAAGGCGUGUUUCCUGGGCUGAUCCCGAUUCUGAACUCCUACCUUGAAAGCAUGGAAGUGGAUGUGGACACCAGAUGCAGUAUUCUGAACUACCUAAAGCUGAUUAAGAAGAGAGCAUCUGGAGAGCUAAUGACAGUUGCCAGGUGGAUGAGGGAGUUUAUCGCAAACCAUCCUGACUACAAGCAAGACAGUGUAAUAACUGAUAAAAUGAACUACAGCCUUAUCUUAAAGUGUAACCAAAUUGCAAAUGAAUUACGUGAGUGCCCAGAAUUACUUGGACCAGCGUUUAGGAAAGUGAAAUAUAGUGGAAGUAAAACUGACUCUUCCAACUAGACAUUUUGCGGAAGGGAGGACGUGUGGCCAUUCUUUGCAGAGCCGGCUGCAGUCUCUCGGCCAGCGCGGGGUGCGAGAGCCGAGAUACGGGCUGCGCUGUUUCCGGGCCGUCGGCCACAAGUGGGUUCGAGGCUUCCGUCAGUAGGUAAAUCUAGAGUUUAUACAGUGAACAUGUACAUAGUAAAGUAUUUUUAUGAUUAACAGUGUAUUUUAUUAACACAUCUAAAGUCAUUGUGAACUGGCUUGUACAUUUUUGAAUUCAUACUCUGGAGCAACAACUGUCUGAGCAGUUUCGUGAAUGUGAUGUACUAGUAAUUGUACUAUACCUGCAUUCCAGAGUUCACAAUGUUUACUGUAAAUUUUUUUUUUAAGACUUUACCUGGAGCCUGAUUCACUGAAAUUUAUUAUUUCACUUUAAAAACAGUUCAUCUUGUUAAUUUUCUUUGAGUCAUCACCUUUGCUUUGUACGCAGAAUCACUUUGAAUCCAUUGAAGGACUUCAGGGGUAACUUAACCCUGGAUUUCUGGCACCUUAUCCAUUUCUGCUGUGAUGGGAAUAGCUAGCCAUUUCCCUACCCUGCUCCAAACUUUCGCCACCGUUGAACAGAUACCUGUUAGGAAAGAUACAAUACUUCUGUCUUUAUUUGAUAUAUUUGAUUCAGGCAUUAAGUGUAUAGGGAACUCUGUAGGAAGGCAGGAACCUGUUACCCUGAGUUCACAUGUAGUGAUUAUUGGGGUGAGUCUGUUGUUAAGUGGGGGGGGGGAUUCCUCCUGUGCAUAAUCCACAGAGUGUUGUCGAAAAUGACACCAGGGCUCCUGAUGUGGCCCAUGUCUAUUCUGGUUGCUGCUGUGUGUUUCAGUUUGCAGAUCAAGGGCAGUUGCUGAAGUGUCUGUUUUGUUACUUUUUCAGUUUCCAGUAAGCAUAUUGACAAUCUAGACAUUACCUGGCAGAUAGUCUACAUGAUGCUUAUUACUGUCUGUGAAACUCAUACAUAAAUCAUGGUGUGCACUAAGUUUGUGAAUCAGGGCUCUAAAUGUUUAAUUGUAAAUAAUUUAAGUUUCACAUAAUUGUUGUUAGAGCAUUUUGUUGAAGGUUUUUUUUUCCAAUUAGUUAAAAGUCUUAUCUGCUUCAGAAAUAACUAUGUAUCAUAGAUUAUGCAAACCUUAACAGGCAUCAAUAUUUAAACUAUAAUGCUAAUUUUACCAGAUUGUGUUAAAGCUGCUUCUGCUAAACCUAUUUAUGUAUAAAUACUAGGGUCUAUGCUAUAUUUCUUACUUGUAUUUUGGAAGAUUAAAGAAUGCCUGUUUUUCAUUUCAAUUUGCUUGUAAAUCAGGUUGUAAAAAGGAAGAUAAACUAAAGUGUUUGUGGUAUGAGGAAAUAAAGAAUGGAAUUAACAGUCUGAAAA